GCGUCGACCUCCGACAUUGCAUGUUCUGCGAGAGCAGAGCAGUUCUUUCACCGCGAGCAGCAUCAUCGCCAACUCGAACUCGCGCGAUGCAUUACCUCCAUCCGCGGUCGCGCACCACGGGCACGCUCUUUACUGCAACAUUGGCCGUCUCCUUCUUCGUCGUUGCCGUUCCGCACCUGCUCCCCUGCCCGGUCGACCACCGACAGUUCGCCGACAGCUACGAGACGCCUGAUGGCAGGAUCAUGCGGCGCCGUCGCAAGCGCAUUACAGAUGAGGGAGACAUGGGAACUGGAGCCCAGGUUGAGACCACAGAUGCGGACCAGGACAAGCCGAAGCGGGAAUGCCCUGUGCCCAAGCCAGGUGGGCUCGUGGGACAAAUUAUGGGCUUCAAACCUACGGAGCGUGCUGUGCCCACAGAGGUCAUCGUGCAAGAACUAGACAAGAAGAGCCGGCGAACUGUACACAAUGAAGAGAACCGCCUGCCCUGAUGGACGAACAUGGACUGCGUCAGAAAGGCAUGCGGCCAAUGUGCCUCACAACGAAAUUUCCACGCGGCGCAUAUAUUUACCACCCGUGAGCUGAAUUCAGCAUUCGGGCUUCUCGGCGGCGACAUCUAUCCAGCCUCGAUGCCUGGCAUGGGUCAUCACACAGGCCAUCAACAGCAUAUCGUCGAAUAGGCUCGAGUCCCCAGGUCCGAGCAGCCAUCGCCUGUUAUUUUGUUCCACAGAAGCCCAGUAACAUAGCAGUGCUCGGGAUAUGAGGCUGGUCCCCAGCAUAUCAGAUGCUGGUGUCCAUGACCUUAUCGUGUUCUGAAUAUGAGAACGGCACGCGCGGCCAAUGUGUUGCGCGCCGCUCUAUUCAACAAACAGAUUCGAACCUCUGCAGCUGGCGACGGAGCUUCGUUUAGACUACGGAUACCACAUGCAGAGAGCAUCCGCAAUUACGUAGGCUUGCAAGUCCAACACAACAACAUUGCAGACUCUGCUUGCCCCACGCUGCGGUCGAUUGUGAGACUCGCGAGAGGCCGUGGCAAACUCAAAGUCUUCGACCGGGCGCAAGCGUCUUUAAGCCUCACACAGUUCAUUGCGGCGCUGUCUCAGUCUUUCGCCAGGCCAUGGAGCAGAGAUCUCUUUGCCUGUUCGGAGAGGGAGCUAAUCCUACACGAUUGCUUUCAUCAAAGGGACUUGAGCCUUGGACC